AUCGAUGCUUUUUACAUCACUAAAAGAAGAAGCAUUCCUUCGUGAAAUAAAGAAAAAUAUAAUCCAAAAUUCAGUGCGAUCCAAGAUAAUCACAGCAACAAGAACAACGAAAAAUGCCGAAGUUCUACAAGCUUGACAUAAACCGCACUGAAUGGGAAAUACCCGAAACAUACCAGAACCUGCAGCCAGUGGGACAAGGUGCUUAUGGUCAGGUGUGCAAAGCACUAGUGCGAGGCACCAGCACAAAGGUGGCGAUUAAGAAGUUAGCCCGCCCCUUUCAAUCUGCAGUGCACGCCAAACGCACCUAUCGCGAGCUACGCCUACUGAAGCAUAUGGAUCACGAGAAUGUGAUUGGUCUGCUAGAUGUAUUCCACCCUGGUCAGCCAGCUGAUUCAUUGGAACAGUUUCAGCAGGUCUAUAUGGUGACGCAUCUGAUGGAUGCCGAUCUUAAUAACAUUAUACGCACGCAAAAACUCUCCGAUGAGCAUGUGCAAUUCCUGGUCUAUCAGAUCCUGCGAGGUCUCAAGUAUAUACACAGCGCUGGUGUUAUCCAUCGUGAUCUGAAGCCUUCCAAUCUGGCUGUGAACGAGGAUUGUGAGCUGCGCAUCCUAGAUUUCGGUCUGGCACGUCCAGCUGAGAGUGAAAUGACGGGUUAUGUGGCUACGCGUUGGUAUCGGGCACCCGAAAUCAUGCUUAACUGGAUGCACUACAAUCAGACAGUGGACAUUUGGUCGGUGGGCUGUAUUAUGGCUGAGCUGUUGACUGGACGUACUCUUUUUCCAGGCACCGAUCACAUACAUCAGCUCAACCUGAUCAUGGAGGUGCUGGGAACACCCAACGAUGAGUUUAUGAACAAGAUAUCCUCAGAGAGCGCUCGCACCUACAUUCGUUCAUUGCCGGUGAUGCCGCGCCGCAGUUUCCGUGAUGUGUUCCGUGGUGCCAAUCCACUGGCCAUUGAUUUGCUGGAGAAAAUGCUGGAAUUGGAUGCAGAGAAACGUAUUACGGCUGAGCAGGCACUGGCUCAUCCGUAUAUGGAGAAAUGGCAUGAUCCCAGCGAUGAGGCCACAUCGACGUUGUACGAUCAAAGUUUCGAGGAGAACGAGCUGCCAGUGGAAAAGUGGAAAGAGCUGGUCUUCACCGAAGUGAGUGGCUUCAAACCGCCAAAGGCUUUUGCAGAACUUUUGCCGCAGGCCCAACAAUAAAAGGAUGAGAAGGAAUUACUAUAGCACAACACAGCAACGAACUAAAAAAAGUCAAUAAAUGAUGCUACACAUUUAGUUUUUAACUAGCGAGAGUCCAAUCGUAUUCGUAACUGUUUCUAAAACAACAAACGUCACACAGCCUUACAAUGUCCAGUUUAACUCUACUUUUUUUGGUGUUGGUAUUUAACUUUAAACUUUUGUGUAUUGUAUAAAUGUAAAUGUUUGUAUGUAUCUAUACUUAUUAUGUACAAGACAAGGAAAGGUCAAUGCGGGAUUGGUCUGAAGUGAUGGGCCAUCCUUCAGCCAUAGUUUAGAGAAGAGCAAAAGCUCCAAAUAAUAAAUAUAUAAAAGUGCUAUUGUGUUUACAACAGUUCUUCUUUCCAAAACCAAA